AUGGACAAGGCGUCGGUCUACGGAACCGAAGAUUGCGGGUUCGAGUCCCGUCGCCGUUGGUCUAUUAUUAUUCUCAACAGAAUGCCCCCAGUGUUUUUUAAGGCGCCUCUCCCUAUCAAUUACAAGGCCCCGAAAGGGAGGAUCGUACCUCUCAAAAACCCAGAAAUAAGACUGGGAAAAACACUAGUCACACUUACCCCAAGAAGAAUCAAGGCAGAAGCUCUGGAAAAGGUGAGAAUGGCUCUGAAAAGAGUGCUAAAAAAGAAGACGGAGCGCAUAGUGGAUGCCCAUGCUACCUAUCCAGUCACGAAGAAGCCAGAAGGAGUGAAAAUGGGCCAGGGUAAGGGGAGAGUCCAUCACCACGUGGCAAGGGUUCCAGCAGGGUACCCAAUUAUCCGUCUUCCACAACUGAGUCCUUUCGUUCCAGGAGAGUUGCCGAUUUUUGUUGCCUUCCAACGAGCAUUGUCUAACUUGCCAGUUAAUUGUACCUUCAGAUCGCAGUUGAAUAGUUUUCCAGUAGAUUCAUGGGCACAAAGCCAUAAUGUUAAGACAAAUUUAGAGGUUAAAAUGCGGAAGGUUGGCAUUGAUAAAAUAUUAACUGAAAAGGAAUCCAAGGAGCGGCUUGAGCUGCUUUCGGAGGAGCUGGAGAAGAAGAACAAAGAGGAGUUGCUGAGAGUCCUUAACGACUUCAGACAUAGUUUCGAGGCGCUUCUAGCGAAGUACAGGAGGCUGAUCCACACGGAUCCAGAGUUUAGACUGGAGUUUUUGGAGAUGCUGAACACAUUAUCAAUCGAUCCACUGUUGCCACAGCAAAGGAAUGGCUCUCACAAGUUUCCAUCUAUCAACACUGCAAUAGACCUUCUGACCCCCAGUAGCAAUAGGCUAGGGGAACUGUGCACACUGAUGGUGGAAAUAUGCACAAGCACCAGGAACGAAAACGGAGGAAUAUACGAACUCAGCUACAUUGUGUCUCUAAUACCAGAGAGCUACAGGGUAACGGAAACUGAGGUGCUCAGGGCAGCCAACGAGCUGAAGCAUUUAGGUUUCCAGUUGACUGAAAUCAGCGGGAGGCACUAUCUAUUGUCGGAUGUUGAGCUGACAGAAUCGCAAGAAAAGUGUCUGAGUCUAUCCUCACAGCUGGGAAGAGGAAUCAACUCAAAGGACGUGUCGGACCACUGCGGGUUUACGCAGGAGCAGGCGCAGGUGGUCCUGUGGGAGUUAAGUAGGCUUGGACUAGUAUGGGUAGACUUUGAAAACAGUGAGGAGGGUAAGUUGAUAAACACAUAA